AUGAGGGCUUUCCCACCGGUCAAUGGCGGACGGAAUUCGUUCUGAAGGACUAUUUAUUAUCGUCACUAAUAUUGUCUCUUGACAGUCUAUGCGGCAAUGGUAUUUUCAACUCACUUUCUCUGCUCUUACUAUCUUUGUUCCUUUCCUUUUGGUUUUUGGUUUUCAACAAUUCAUGUUGUCAUCGAGGGCAAUAGACAUGAUACAUUUCCCUGGAGAAGAAGCAACGCAGAUUUGCUUUUCUUCUUUUGGACAAGGGCGUCGACCUCUCGCCUGUCUAGGAAAACACAAGAGGGUUCUUCUAGAAAAUAGCCGACAUUGCCGUGGCAGGGUCGGUUAUCUACGUCAGCUUUGUGUCCUACUCGCGGGAUCACUGACAAAAUUUCCCUCAGCGACUUCGAGUUUCCUCUCUAGGAAAAACCUGUCUCAUCGGUUCAGAUGGGACAGAGCAAGUACCAGCGGCAUCCAUAAAAAGGGACCGGUUGUGCAGUAUCUGCUUUCUAAGCCGCCACUUCCAGAAACGCAGGUAACUAUAGACGAUGUGAUAUAGGGCAGUCGACAUCCUGUCCGAGAAUCCGAAACGUCGACUGGCCGAGCUUUCCGGUCUCGCUCGACGAUAAUAGGAGAAAAUCCUCCAACCCAGCGUGGGCGGGAUAUCCCGAAGGGUGCCCCGAUUAUUCAUAUUGCCGAAUCUGGUCUGUGCUAAUCGUCUGUCGCUUUCGAGGAUGGAACAUGUGCUGUCAGAUUUCCUGUCCUGGGAUGAUCAGGGGCUACACAACAGGCGCCACUACAGAUUUGGAAACAGCUGGACUGCUGGGCUAGGAAAUCAUACCGUUGCCGCA